AUAAAAUAAAAUAUGGAACUCCCCAAAUGCCAAGCUGAUCCAUGCGAAAAUAGGCCAGAAUACUACUUAAAGGUCAAAGAAACCUACGUCUGCCGUCAACAUAAGAAUAAAGAGUACUCUGCAGCCGACUGUGUGCUCCUGGUGUCUCCAGAGGAGCUGAGAAUGCACCUGAAGUCCAUCGAUCUUUGUAGGAAGCAGGUAUCUCCAAGUACCCUUGGAUAUCUUAGUCCAGAGGAAGAAUACAAAGAGUUUGAUGAAACAAUUAAAGAAAGGGCUGAAAACAUUCUGUCCGGGCUCAAAGCUAUCUGCCAGGCUAAAGCAUACUACGAGGUAGAGCCAUUUGUAAAGGAAGUAAAAGAACUUCGAGACUUCUUAGUCAAUCAUGAGCUGUUUAAGAAAUAUACAGCAAUUAAGACCUGGAAGGAGUCACUUGCUGCUACUCGAAAUGUUGCUACGAACAUCAAUGCACUCGAAUUCAAGAGAUUGGGAGCAAAGUAUAUAAGAGCGGUCGAGCAUCUGCUGAACCAGAAUUAUGUACUCAAAGCAAAGCUUGUGAUGGGGAAUACUAAAAAUAUUAACGAAUCCAAGCAUGAUGAAGAUAAAAUGGAUAAGCCAAGAAGCCUCACAAGGCGUAUAUCUUUGAAGCAUCAUCUUCGAACCCCAAAGAAAGUAAAGAGGUCAUCAAGCCUUCUUCAGAAUAAAAAGAAAAGUUUCUCCAGGCAAGAUAUGAGAAGACCCAUGCGAACUCCUAAGCCUGUAGAAGAGGAAAAGAUACCUCAACUAGUCACAGAUAUAAAGAAGAAGCCUUCUGCUACACAUGGUAAGACUAGUAAAGACGGCAAUCCUAGCCAAACACUGAAGAAGCCCCUUGCCAACCUUGAAGAGGAGAAGCAAAGCAUCAUGCAUAAGCACCCUGAAGAAGAAAAUAAAUUCGGCAUAUUUAGGGAAACGAAGCACAAAGCUAAAGGAAAUUCAUCAAAAUAAACUAGUGAAUGAGCAUAAUAUCCAUGAACAAAAGAUUGACAAUAUCAAAGAUCUCAAUAAAAGUCAGAUAUAUGAAGAACAAACAUUCUUUCAGAAAGAUACUGCUAGACUACACGUGAACAAAUCAGCUCUUGAAGAAGAGAAAGAGACGCAAAACACAAAGAUUACAGAACUAGAGAAGGAAAUUAAAAGAACACGAAGGGAUCUGAAUCUUGCUCUUCGAGAAAAUGAACUUCUUGAACAACUCGCUCCUUUUACGACCUACACCCAGAAAGAAUUUGCUGCUCUCUGCAGAUCUAUCGACAGCCCCUUUUUAAAAGGUAUCUUUGGGGGAUCUGGUGAAAUUCGCUAUAAAGAAGGAGAUACCUCUUUCAGACUUGAUCUAGACGAGACUCCUGACUUGAAUUUGAUUAAGAAAGUUAAGAAAAGAAUUCCUAACUUAGAGUACUUUAGUAUUCGUUACUUUCAACCUGAAAAAUCUGAACUCAUUAACAACUUUCUUAAGAAUUACUUCCCAAAUAAGGUUCAAAACUUUGAAUUAUAUCCCUCCUGAUUUUCCAGUAACAGAUCUGAGGAUUAUUAUAUGGAAGGAUUAUUAGCAAUAGCAUCAAGAGUUCAGAAAAAGCUAGUGAUUGGUAAAUUUCACAUCAGCCAACAAAACCUUGGCAACCUUCUUUCAAAAUUCAAACAUGUGGAGUGACUUAGAUUUUAUUGAUGCAAAAUAUAUCUGCCCUCUGUUCCUACCCUCGAAGAAGCUCUUUGGGGAGCUCAAAUUCAAAGAUUAGAAUUAAUAUACUCAAGGCCAUGAAGAGCAUACAUCACUAAUUUUGAAAAAUUAAUCAAAGGUUUCUCCCAAAGCGAGGAUUUCAGGAAAAGUUUGAAAGAGAUUAAUGUGCAAUACUUACUCUUGGAUGAAGAAGAUAUCUCUUCUAUUCUAGAGGAAAAUGGAUUUGGAAAAGUAAAAAUUUAUGGCGCUUGUUCAAGAUUUGAGUGUAGUGAUGAAUGAAAAGGAAAAAGAACUUGAGAAUGAAAUGAAGAAGAAUGGUAUCAAAGCGACAUGGGAAAGCAAAUGAAUAGGCUUAGAAUUAAAUCGGAGACAUCUAUUUGAGCAUUUCUAGAUCGUCUGCUUUUCCCACCGCGUAUUUUAAUGCUUUGAAAAUGCAAAAAAAUUCAUCCAAGAGAAAUCCAAGUAAAAACAGAAGAAAAAAAUUAUUGAGAAGAAUUAAAAAUGUAG